GCCGCGACCGCAGCAGCCAUGGAGGACGAGAUGCCCAAGACUCUAUACGUUGGCAACCUUUCCAGAGACGUGACAGAGGCUCUAAUUCUCCAACUCUUUAGCCAAAUUGGACCUUGUAAAAACUGCAAAAUGAUUAUGGAUACAGCUGGAAAUGAUCCUUAUUGUUUUGUGGAGUUUUACGAACAUCGUCAUGCAGCUGCUGCCUUGGCUGCUAUGAAUGGACGGAAGAUAAUGGGUAAGGAAGUCAAAGUGAAUUGGGCAACAACUCCUAGCAGCCAAAAGAAAGAUACAAGCAGUAGUACCGUUGUCAGCACACAGCGUUCACAAGAUCAUUUCCAUGUCUUUGUUGGUGAUCUCAGUCCAGAAAUUACAACUGAAGAUAUAAAGGCUGCUUUUGCACCAUUUGGAAGAAUAUCAGAUGCCCGUGUGGUUAAAGAUAUGGCAACAGGGAAGUCUAAGGGAUAUGGCUUUGUCUCCUUUUUCAACAAAUGGGAUGCCGAAAAUGCCAUUCAGCAGAUGGGUGGCCAGUGGCUUGGUGGAAGACAAAUCAGAACUAACUGGGCAACCCGAAAGCCUCCAGCUCCAAAGAGUACAUAUGAGUGUAGGUGUAUUGGAGAAGAAAAGGAAAUGUGGAAUUUUGGAGAAAAAUACACUAGAUUUAAAUAUUAGAGCUGUUCCCGGAGACUUAUUGCAGAAAUAGAUGAGACGCAAAUCAAGACUACUAUUCAAAAAUGUACUUAGUUUUCAUUUUUGUAACUAUAACAAAUUAUAUUCUUUCUAGUAUCAAGUCUCCUAUUAAAAGAGAAUCUGGGUAA